UUUCAGAUUUUUAUUUAUGUAAUUUCCCACUUUUUGCCAAUAUUAUGUCAGAUAAUUGUGCUUCAACAAAACAACCUCAUUUAAUGGAAUUAAUGAAUCAAAUGUGCAAAGAAGCUGGAAUUCAGGAAUGUCAACCUCAAUUACUUUUACAGAUGUGUGAUAUGGCCUAUUCUCUUACAAAAAAUGUUCUUGUAGAGGCUAGAUCCGUCGCCGAUUUUAGUGGGAAAAAAUUUGUUGAAAAAAGUGAUGUUGAUUUUGCAUUGAAAACAUUUAGUUUGUUUAUUUAUUUGUUAAAAAAAUUUUUUUUCUUACCCCCUUCCUUAGAUGAAAAAUAUUGUAAAGACCGUCCACCUAUUGCUUUAAUGAAUGAUUUGGCACAAGAAAAGAAUUCUCAACCUUUACCUCAAAUUAGACAAAAUUAUGGACUUCGACUGCCUAAUGACCGUUUUUGUCAGCUACAAUCUAAUUUUGUUUAUGACGAUCUUCCGUCGACGUCAAAUAAUAAUAAAGAUGAGGAUGAUGAAUUGAGACAACAAAAUAUUCAAUCUUCCGAAAAUUUCCCUAAACGUCAAAAACCAGAAUCAUCAACAAACUUUAACCCCGAUCUUGUUGCCAAUUUAUUAAUGGGAAGAACAAAUAAUGACUCGAGGAAGCGGGCUUUUCAUGAUGAAGAAAAAGAAGAUAAGACAGAAGAUUUUGAUGAUUAUGAUUGUUGA